ACAACGCGUUGCGUGGAAAAGAUGGCGGCGCUCAUCAGGCAUGGCUCGCUCGCCACCGCGUUUAAGAGUACAUCGGCUAUCCUCGCCACCGGCACGGUCAGUGAAUCACUAUUAAAUCCCGGUCACACGUACACACACGCACACGCAGACCCAUCCGCCGCCGUCGCCGCGGCGUCCCGCACUCGCGCGUCGUUUCGCACGCACGUCGUAGCUCUCACACCCGCGUCACUAACGACAUCGUCAUUUUUCUCCUCUUCUUCUCUUUCCGCAGGUGAUCACAGGCACGCGUCACGUUAUCGCCCGGCACAAGAGCCAACGGAGAAAGGGAGCGAAGCCGGCCGCCGCGAAGAAGGAGGUGGUGGCGCGGAUCGGCUCCGCCGGGGAAUCGCUCGCCGCCCGCGGAUUCCUGAGGCCGCAAAAGUCUUACGAGCCGCCGGAGAAUUCGGCCGUGAGGAUCGACGCGAUCUGCGCGAGUCAAGCCGUCUCUACGGACGACGACACGAGGCUCGAGGAUCCCUUGCUCCGCUUCAAGCUGUUCGUCGCCUGCGAGGAGGAGUUCAAGCAUUCCAUCCCGAACUCGCUGCUUUACACCAUCGAAACUGGGAACUGAAGCGGUUUUAUUCGACACCGGUGGACAGCACGACGCCGUACGAAGCGCUGGGUAGAAUAGAUUUGCCCAAGAAUUUGCACAUCCAGCAGAAUUAUCAUCGAUUCCAUCCGGACACCGACACGAUGUUCAACGGCAAAACGGCGUUCCCGAAGAGCUCCACCCUCGUCACCGGUCUGAAGUACAAAAAGAAAUAUCCCGGACACAAGCAAGAGAAUCCGUGGCUGGACGAGAUGAUGAAGAUCUAAGUGACCAUCGUUGUAGAUAUUAUGAAAACAAUUGCGAAAGUUGUAUAAAGAUACAACAGAUAAACAAUAAAUUUUGUUAAACAAUAAA